AUGCAAGAUUUGGCCGUUUUACCAUCGGAAACAUCUGGCAUCAACACGAUUUUAUUUACAGCUCAAGAUUUGAAAAACGCUCUCGUUAAAUCCGAUGGUGUUCUUGCUGCAACGAGGAAAAACCGCGGUAAAACCACGGGCUUCGCGGCUUGUGUUGUUGAUCCUGGGAUUACAGAGUGUGGAAAUGCCGGCUUUGCAGCAUUUCUUCUUUACACUUUGGAUCACAUCUUGUUUUGUCGUGCUUUGGGAAUUUACCGACCAACUGUGUUCUGGAGGGCUUGCCGCUCAGGUUGUUCGAAAGAUCCAAGGGUGAAUUCGUGGGACUGGUAUUUUGAACCUGUUAAUCGUGGUUUAGAGUCGGAAGUCGAAAAUGUUUUCUGUCCCUUGACGCUCGACGAUUCCCCGACAAUAAUAGACAACAGUUUUAAGAACCGGUCAGAUGUUAAGGGAUAUGAAGACAGCAAAAUUAUAACUACACAGGAAAGAUUACGAGUUAGUAACCUGAUUCAUCAGUACGUUAAACCUAACUCUAGAAUAAAGGAGAAAGUAGAGAUGUUUUAUCAGCAAUAUCUGGCAGGGUUCACUGUUUUAGGAGUUCACGUUCGAGGAACAGAUCAUUGGAUGGAAACAAGCGAGAAAAGGCUGCCAUCUUUGAUGAGUUGGGUUAAGAAAGCUCAGUCAAUUCUGGAGACGUUGUCGCGACCAAGGAAGAUUUUCAUUGCAAGUGACAACCAUGAAGUUAUAAAGAAGUUUGUGAUUUAUUUUGGAAAAGAAACGGUUGUUUUCUCGGACGCUGUUCGGGCCAAAAGAUACCACGAUCAAAUCCCUCCUCAUGGGUUUAAAUUUGCCACUGACCCAUAUGAGCAGGAAAUUGGUACUCAAGUGUUGAUGGAUGUUCUGCUGUUAGCCAAGUGUGAUCAGUUCUUACACACCGAGUCCAGCGUAGCCUCUCUUGCCAGCUACUUCAACCCACAUAUGACCAGCUACUUCCUGCAGGACGAAAUAACUGACAAGGUUUGUUUGAAUCACUAUUAUAAUAACCAACUUAUUUUGAUUGAUAUUCAUUUUUGUUUCAUGCCCAGCCGUAUCCUCCUUCCGUUGUCUUACUGGCUUAAAAUAUUACUUUUCAGGAGCCAGAAAAGUUUCUUGAAAGAAAAAGAAGUCGUAAAGAAACAAGAAAAACGCAACCCACGGAAAGGAUUUUGGAAGGUGAAGAUUUCAUUGAAUUGUUGGACUGUUUUCAGAGGAAUUCUGCAGGAAGUGUUUGCCCAAAUAUUGCAAAGGGAAUAUUCGUUAGUUUUCAAGAGGCGCGUGGUAUAUUUAGAGCUGUCUGAGACUUGUUUAAAAUGUAACUUUAAAAUACAUUCUAUAUUUAUUCCAAAUAUUCUUCAAGAUACUUUAAUAAAAGAGUGUUUCAACCAUUGGUGGGAUGUCUUUAUUUAUCUUAGUUUCGCGAAGAUAAUUGCAUUGGUAGUGAUCUGA